AUUCCAGUGACUUAAUGCUAAGAAUUUACAGAGCUGAGUCAUAUGUUGGCCUCCAAGAAUACAAAACAGCCAUAGAAGAUCUAAAUUUUGUUAUCUCCAAAAUGCCAAAUUGGCCAGAGGUCUACUUCUGGAAAGGAAAAGUGCUGCAAGACUCUGGCUUUGUAGGUGAUGCCUUACAACUGUUUCUACAGUGCUUAGCCCUUGAUGACGACUUUCUUCCAGCCAAGCUAGAAGUAGAAAGGACAUUGUGUGAUGUGCUGUCACCAGAGAAGUUAGGAGAGAGUCUGAAGGAAUCUGCUUGGAAUUCACCACAUAUUCGAAAUAAACCUUUUAUACUUGGUUCUGAGGUGACUGAGUCUUACUGCAAUGUACAGCUUGGUCCUGAGCAGAGUUUAGGAGGAUCAGAGGUACUGGAGCCGGUCAGUGGAAGCUUGAAUCGUGCACAGUCUGCCCAUGCUCUUAACUCAGCGAAGGACCUCGCCAAGGAAGAUGGCUUAAAGAGGGUGUCUUCUGAGCCACUUCUCUCUGGCCAGGAAAAAGGUGCUCUGUUGAAAAGAAAGCUUUCCUUUUCAGAACAGGAUACAGUUGUAUGUGAAGAUGGAAGAAACAAACACAAAAAGCAAGGAGAAAGUACAAAAAGGGACAUGACUCUGGCUUUUGGAACAAUUCCAGGGGAUUUGAUUGAUAUAUCAGAUUUUGAGUGCUCUCUAUGUAUGAGGCUAUUCUUUGAGCCAGUGACAACCCCUUGUGGACAUACUUUUUGCAAAGGUUGCUUGGAACGGUGUUUAGACCAUGCUCCUCAGUGUCCACUCUGCAAGGAGAGUUUGAAAGAGUACCUUGCAAGCAGAAAAUACAGCAUCACAGAACUGCUGGAGGAAUUAAUAAUGAAAUAUUUGUCUGAUGAAUUACAUGAGAGAAAAAGAAUUCAUGCUGAAGAAACUGCCGAACACUCAAACUUGACCAAGAAUGUUCCAAUGUUUGUUUGCACUAUGGCAUAUCCUACUGUGCCUUGCCCUCUACACGUGUUUGAGCCAAGAUACCGACUAAUGAUUCGCAGAAGUAUGGAAACUGGGACUAAACAGUUUGGGAUGUGUAUAAGUGAUUCUCAAAAUGGUUUUGCAGAUUAUGGAUGCAUGCUGCAAAUCAGAAACGUUCAUUUUCUACCUGAUGGACGAUCGGUUGUUGAUACAGUUGGUGGAAAGAGAUUUAGAGUUUUACGGAGAGGAAUGAAAGAUGGUUAUUGUACUGCAGACAUUGAAUAUUUGGAAGAUGUUAAGGUUGCUGAUGAAGAAGAACUAAAGAAACUGAGAGAACUUCACAAUUUUGUUUACAAUCAGGCCUGCAGUUGGUUCCAAAACUUAAGAAACAAAUUUCGCACUCAGAUUCUUCAGCACUUCGGGCCAAUGCCUGACAGGGAGGAAAAUAUACAGGCAAUGCCCAAUGGUCCUGCUUGGUGUUGGUGGCUUCUAGCUGUUCUCCCAGUAGACCCCAGAUACCAGCUCUCGGUUCUCUCCAUGAUGUCUUUAAAGGACCGUCUGAUAAAAAUCCAACAUAUACUUACAUAUUUUUCUAGAGACCAGUCCAAGUGACUAACCGCCUGGGUCUUCCUGAAGAGUUGCUCUGUUCUGGUUGUAGUAGCAGCUGGAAUUUUUGCUGCCUUUGCACAUCUAGCACUGGUUUGAGAAGUGUAAUGGAACUGUUUUUUCUCUCUCCUCCCCACACUCCUGACUUCCUGAACCAUGUGGUUCUUUGAGUGCACACUUUCUUCAACUAUGAGGGAAGACCACUGAUGAUUGCACAGAGUCAAUCCAGCUAGAUAUGUUUUUCACGUUACCUACGUUCCAAUUUGCACUAUGUGGAAGAGAACAUUUUUGAGACUUGAUAAUUUUAGCCACUGACUUUUUAAAGCUGUGGGAAGUGCAGGACUUAAGGCUGACAGUCCAAGUUUACAACAUUGAGGAGGUCUUAAAAGUUUUGCAAAUAAAUUUGCCUCAUAAAACUGUUCUUUUGCUGUUUGCACAAAUAUUUGAAAUAUAGUAUUGAAUGUCACUGUUGGAUAUUACU